AUGGGUCCUCCAAGCGGGAAUCUUGCUUCAACAUCGGGCAACAGAAAUGAUUUUGCGCUUUUUUUACACCAUGGGGGAAGAUUUGUAACUAUUGAGAACACUAAGGAGUAUUUUGGAGGUGAUGAUUCUUUCAAAUACGAGCUUGAUAUUGACAGAUUUGGUUAUUUUGACCUUGAGGAAGAAGUUAAGAAUUUAGGAUACAGUGAAUGGGCUAGUCUUUACUACAAGAUUCCAGGGACAUUUGAGUUCAAAAUCAUUCAUAAUGAUAAGGAGGUGAUGGAAAUGAUUGCUGUACUGCAGACAUUGAACCAUUAUGUUCAUAUUUAUGUGGAAGGUGGCAAGAAAAAUGAAGCUUCAACAGGGAAGAAGGGUAUUUGUGCUGAGAAUGAGGAUGAUGAGGUUGACAAUGAGGUUGACAAUGAGGAUGAACAUGAGAAUAUAGGAAAGAAUGUAGUCUGUUCUGAGAGUGAGAAGGAGGAUGCCAAUGAUAAAUCUGAUUCUGAGGAAGAUAUCAAUGAUUUUAUUGAUAAUUAUAACAUUGGAGUAGAAGAUGAGCUUGAGCAGCCUGAAAGAGAAGAACCUACAAGGAGUUCUGAAGAUGAGGUUGAAGAUGAUGACUACACACCUGAUGAAGAGAGUUCUAGUUCAGAUGGGCUAUCAGCUGAUGAUCUUGGCACUGAUGAUGAAGAAUAUUUAAAUGCAAGGAGUGAAAGAGCUGCACUCAGAAAAAAUGCACCUCCUGAGAAUGACCAACAUAUUGUUUACACACAUUGA